AUGAGGUUCAAGCGAGGGAGUCUGGUCGCCCUGCUAACGCUGGGCGCCUUCCUCUCCCUUUUCUGGCUCAGCGACGAAUGGGGGCGUCGGAGAGGAAAUGAUGCCGAAACUUAUAAAAACCAGAUUUUGAAGUUUCAGGAAAGACUGCUAUUUUUACAAAAAGAAAGUAAAGAAAGAUCUCUGCAGUUGCUGAAUGCCUUGAAUAAGAUCAAAUGUACCACUUCAGAAAGAACAGUUCCUGCCACAGAACUUGAAGAUGAUACGAAUUUGAAAACCCUUGGAUUUUCCAGCUUAGACUUCAUGAAGCUCAGCAGCCUUUAUUACCAUUUGCCUCAUCUAAGGGCUCAUGAAAACAAUAUUUAUCCAAAUAUAAUCUUUGGGAAAAACAGAACAGGAGUGUCUGUGGUGAUGGGUAUUCCCACCAUCAAAAGAGAAAAGCAAAAUUAUCUGAUACAAACGCUGAAUUCUCUAUUCUUCCAAAUGUCCACAUUAGAAGAGGAGGACUGUCUUGUGAUCAUCUUUGUGGCUGAGGUUGAUGAAGCUUAUAUUAACGAUCUUGCAAAAAUUGUCAAAGAUAACUUCCUCCAAAAAGUGAAUUCUGGAGUCUUAGAGAUGAUUUCACCACCAGCCUUUUAUUAUCCAUCCUUUUCAGACAUCAAGUUAACACUUGGGGACUCAGAAGAAAGAGUGAGGUGGAGGACUAAACAAAACCUGGAUUACAGCUUCAUGAUGCUAUAUGCCCAAGAUAAGGGCAAGUUUUACCUGCAGCUAGAAGAUGAUAUCAUAGCCAAACCAAAGUACUUUACGGCCGUUAAGCAUUUUGCACUUAGUCAAACCUCUGAUUGGCUUGUGCUUGAAUUUUCAAAGCUUGGGUUUAUUGGAAAGCUGUUUAAAACCAAUGACUUACCUUUGAUAGUGCAAUUUUUAAUAAUGUUCUACAAAGAUAAACCCAUAGAUUGGCUUUUGGAUCAUUUAUUCUAUGUGAAAAUAUGUCAUCCAGAAAAAGAUAACCGUGACUGCGAGAAGCAAAAACAGAAACUACGCAUUCCACAUAAACCUUCUCUCUUUCAACACAUGGGAAAGUAUUCAUCAUUGCCUGGAAAAAUACAGAACUUGAAAGAUGCUGAUUUUGAAAGAUUCGUAUUAAAUCCAUUCCAUUCCAAUCCAUCGGCGAGCCUGAGUACUUCUUUAAAAGCCCAUGAUACGUAUUCUUUGGAAAAGGCUUAUCUAAAAACAGGGUUUUUCUGGGCUAUCUCUCCAAAAGCUGGGGACUAUAUCCUCAUAGAGUUUCAUAAUCCAUUGAACAUAAAGGAGUAUGGUUUUGCAAGUGGAAAUUUUCAACAUCCUGGAGAUAAGCUGUUCAAUACCAUUGUAGAAAUCUUACCUGAACAAGAAACAGAUUUUUUGUCAAAUUUUUUAAGAAAUGGAAGUGACUACCAAGCAACCAACAAUGGGUUUUUUAAAAUAGAUACAUUUGAAGAUGGAAUAGCACAAGGCACCAUUGAUCCUGCCAUAGGAAAAAUCAAGGCUUUUCGUUUAACCGUGCUGUUGGAUUCACCUGUGUGGGCUAUACUGGGCGAGAUAUUUAUCAAGGCCGCUUGAAAUUAAAACCAUAAGGAGACAUAUUUCAGAAAUCUUUCUGAUAGACUACCUUGAAAAUCAG